UCUGGUGGACCACACAGGACUUUCACUGCUGCUGCGUUCAAAUGCACACAAAGCUAUGUCAGCAUCCUCCACUUCUUGGAUUCUUAUCUUCUGCUUCCAGGGGGACGAGGACUAUCAGGACUAACGGCGCUAUUAGGAUCAGCAGGACCGAGACUACCAUCUAAGGACGUGACUCGGAGAGCUCGGAGGCUUGUGUGGAGGUGGGAGGGGCGGAGAGAAAGGACUCCACCCCGCCCGUCUGGUUAUGGACUGCGGGGACUGAAGGAAGCAUCGAGCAGACAUGUCCAUGUCCAUCCUGCGGCUCUGCGUCAAAGGUGCUGAUAGUGAAUUUUAAGAUAUCCAAGUGGCAAAGAGGUGCCGUCAUGAUGGAGGCACCCGCCAGUAGAGACGGAGACAACAUGCCGCACACGUUCCUGCCCACAAAAACGAAAGCUACUAUCAGACAGUGGGAUUUAGGUGAAGACAACACGGGUCAUCACCUCAGAGACCAGCUCCCCCAAUAAGCAGCAUCUCACCUCACUUCCUUCUGGGCAUCACCCAAAGUCUUCACUUACCGUUCAACAUGCGUCCGUCUCUCGCCACGGCAGUCCUUCCGGCCAGGACGCGUUCCCACAAUGCACCUAAUCUGGCAGUGGGGACUCGUGAGCAUCUCUCAGCUCCUCGAAGGCGGAGUCCGAAUAUCCGACACACUCUAAGCCCGGAGAACCUUCGGACCCUAGCAGAGAGAGGAGGUGCAUCUGUGGACACUGUGUCUAUGAUCAGCGGCCCCAUUGGACUUCCACGGGCCAACAGCGAUACAGAUCUGGUCAGUUCUCAAAGCAGGUCCUCCUUGACAGCAUCCACACUGGAGUACACGUUAAACCGUGGACAGAACCUGGUCAUAUCCUGGGAUAUCAAGGAGGAAGUGGACGCUACGGACUGGAUUGGACUGUACCAUAUUGAUGAAACCAGUCCAUCCAAUGUGUGGGACUGCAAGAACCGAGGUGUGAACGGCACCCAGAAAGGACAGAUAGUUUGGCGGUUGGAGGCCGGACCGUACUUCAUGGAGCCUGAGACCAAGAUCUGCUUCAAGUAUUACCAUGGAGUCAGUGGAGCCCUGAGAGCAACAACUCCCUGCAUCACCGUAAAGAACACCGCGGUCCUGGUGGAGGGCCUUGCAGAGCAGGUGGGAGUCGAACAUCCACGGAAACUGAUAAGCUUCACUUUGACAGAUCUGCGUGCCACGGGCCUGAAGAAAGGCAUGUUUUUCCAUCCGGAUCCAUAUCUAAAGAUGUCCAUCCACCCUGGGAAGCGGAGUGUCUUCCCUGUUUUCAGUCAUCAUGGGCAAGAACGCCGAUCAGCCAUCAUUGCAAACACCAUCAAUCCGAUUUGGCAUGGAGAGAAAUACACCUUUGUAGCGCUCAUGACGGACAUUCUGUACAUCGAAGUGAAGGACAAGUUUGCAAAAAGUAGACCAAUCAUCAAACGAUUCCUUGGUCAGCUAACAAUCCCUGUACAGCGCCUGAUUGAAAAAAUACCUGGAAUCCAGCCGGUGAGUUUCCCGCUGUGUCGCCGCCUGCCCACGGAACACGUGAGCGGACAGUUGCAGUUCAAGGUGGAACUCACAUCAACUGGUGCUGACGGUGCCUCUCCUGAUUCCAUCAUUGGCCUUUCAACAUUCAACGGAGCUCCAGGGACUCCAUCAGAUGAUGAGGAUCUGCCUCAUCACCUUCCAGGAAUGGUCUCGGCAGGUCCUUCUCCCACUGGCUCCCAGGACUCUCAAAGUAUUUGGGAAGGCGGAGCCUCUGCGUACCCAGAAAAAGAGCUUUCACUUGUUGGUGCCGAGGCACGGUUUUUGGGGGGACAUGAAUUACUUCAGAGGUCACUCAGUGAGGGCCUGGAUGCCAUUGAAGCUCCUAAAGGUCCUGGAGAAAGACCGCUAGGUGCUGCGUCUCCUAAACUACGGUCAAGCUUCCCCACACACACUCGGCUUAGCGCUAUGUUGCACAUUGAUUCCGAUGAGGAUGAAGACCGGUCUGGGGCCAGCGAAAUGCUUCCAAUUCCACCCUCUCCUCUACUGCUGAAUGGAGUUCCUCCAGAUCUUACAGGUCCUGAUGAAGAUGACGCACCUCCUGGAGAGGAGGAGCCUGAAGGUCUUGAAGAUAUAGCCUCUGAGGCCCCCAAGCUGGAGGCAGGUCUGAACCAAGAUGAUGUCCUGGAAGUAGAUGUCUUCUCUGAGGCGGAUGACGCUCCUUUCUCAGAGGCGGUUUCCCAUAAUACUUUACCAGAAGGUGGAGAUGUGAUUGAAGUGGGAGUGGAACCUGUUGAGGAGCCUUCUUCGGAGAUAGACACCUGCUCCAUGGCAACAGCCCCGCAGACGGUCUUCUCUUCCUCAGACAGUUGUCCCGUGACGUUGACCACUGCUGUGGACGCAGAAGAGGUGCCAGACACGGCCAUUGAUCCAGGGGGGGAUGUGAUUUGUGGCGAUCCGCCUGGAGACAAUGAAGGUAGUGGACAGUCUCUUUGUCCUGAGGGAGAAGCUGCCUCAGCUUUAGAGCAGGAGAACGUUCUGGAGAUCGGUGUGAGAAAGCUAAGCCUGCAGGCUGAAGAACAAGAAGGAGAUGAGUCAAAGCCACAAGAGGAGAUGGUUACCACAGAAACAGAUGGAGAGGAAGGUACUCCUGUCAAUGGUCACCCUGUCAGAUCACUUCCGUCUGUUCGACAAGACAUUCACCGCUAUCAACGUGUGGACGAGCCUCUUCCACCCAACUGGGAGGCUCGUAUCGACAGUCACGGAAGAAUCUUUUUUGUGGACCAUGUGAAUAGAACCACCACAUGGCAGCGACCCACCGGACCUCCUGCACCACAGGGGUUGACCCGGUCUAAUUCCAUUCAGCAAAUGGAGCAACUCAACCGAAGAUAUCAGAGCAUCAGAAGGACAAUAACCAGCAGUGAUCGAACGGAGGACAACACAGCUGACCUGCUCCCUGAACCUGAAACUGAAUUGAUGCCUCACUCCAUUCCUGAAUACCGACGAGAGAGUGCAGUCAGCCAUGCGAGUGGUCGUCUUUCUCUGCUGCUCCAGUCUCCCAGCGCCAAGUUCCUGUGCAACCCCGACUUCUUUACUGUGCUGCAUUCUAACCCUAGUGCCUACCGCAUGUUUACAAGCAACACCUGCCUGAAGCAUAUGAUCAGUAAGGUGCGGCGAGACGCUCAUUACUUUGAGCGCUACCAGCACAAUCGUGACCUCGUAACCUUCCUCAACAUGUUCUCCAACAAACAGUUGGAGCUUCCCCGCGGUUGGGAAAUGAAACACGACCAUACUGGAAAGCCCUUUUUUGUGGACCACAAUUGUCGGUCAACAACGUUCAUCGACCCACGGUUGCCUCUUCAGAGUUCUCGAUCCACCGGCCUGCUGGCCCACCGCCAGCACCUGAGCCGCCAGCGCAGCCAUAGCGCCGGAGAGGUGGCGGACGACUCUCGACAAACCAAUGCGCCCAUUAUGCCACGCCCAUCCAGCACCUUCAGUGGCUCCAGUCGAAGUCAUUACCAGGAUGUGGUGCCUGUGGCGUACAAUGAUAAGAUUGUGGCGUUUCUACGGCAAGCAAACAUCUAUGAGAUCCUGCAGGAAAGGCAACCAGAACUUACCAGGAACAAUUCACUCAAAGAGAAGGUACAGUUUAUUCGCAGUGAGGGAGCCAACGGGCUUGCACGCCUUUCUGGGGAUGCUGACCUCGUCAUGCUGCUGAGCUUAUUUGAAGAGGAGGUGAUGUCAUAUGUGCCCCCUCUGCUCCACCCAAAUUACUCCCUCUCCUCCUCUCCUCAGAGCUCGCCCGGCACCCAGCGAGCAAACGCCCGCGCUCCUGCUCCCUACAAACGAGAUUUUGAAGCUAAACUGAGGAACUUCUAUCGAAAGCUGGAGACUAAAGGUUAUGGACAGGGACCUGGGAAAGUCAAGCUGGUCAUACGGAGGGAUCAUCUUCUGGAGGAUGCCUUCAACCAAAUCAUGUGUUAUUCACGCAAAGACCUACAAAGGAGUAAACUUUACGUCAGCUUUGUUGGAGAGGAUGGGUUGGACUACAGCGGACCAUCCAGAGAGUUUUUCUUCCUUGUGUCCAGAGAGCUCUUUAACCCGUAUUACGGCCUGUUUGAAUAUUCGGCAAACGACACAUACACCGUGCAGAUCAGUCCCAUGUCUGCCUUUGUAGACAACCACCAUGAAUGGUUUCGUUUUAGUGGGCGUAUCCUGGGAUUGGCUCUGGUCCAUCAGUAUCUUCUGGAUGCCUUCUUCACCCGACCCUUCUACAAGGGUCUUUUACGCAUACCAUGUGACCUGAGUGACCUGGAGUUCCUGGAUGAAGAGUUUCACCAAAGUCUACAGUGGAUGAAAGACAAUGACAUUGAAGACAUGCUGGACCUCACUUUCACUGUCAACGAGGAGGUGUUUGGACAGAUCACAGAACGAGAACUAAAGCCAGGCGGAGCAGGUAUUCCUGUGUCGGAGAAGAACAAGAAGGAGUACAUUGAACGUAUGGUGAAGUGGCGAAUUGAAAGAGGCGUGGCGCAGCAGACUGAGAGUCUGGUUCGAGGCUUCUAUGAGGUGGUGGACGUGCGCCUGGUGUCAGUGUUUGAUGCCAGGGAGUUGGAACUGGUGAUGGCUGGAACUGCAGAGAUCGACCUGACAGACUGGAGAAACAACACGGAAUAUAGGGGAGGUUACCAUGACAACCACAUAGUGAUCCGCUGGUUCUGGUCAGCAGUGGAAAGGUUCAACAAUGAACAAAAACUCCGACUUCUGCAGUUUGUGACAGGAACAUCCAGUAUUCCCUACGAGGGCUUUGCCUCGCUACGUGGAAGUAACGGACCGCGCAGAUUCUGUGUAGAGAAGUGGGGCAAAAUCACCUCCUUACCCAGAGCUCACACAUGCUUCAAUCGUCUGGACCUGCCUCCGUACCCGUCCUUCUCGAUGCUAUACGAGAAGAUGGUGACAGCAGUGGAGGAGACCAGCACGUUUGGUCUGGAGUGAAGAGAGAACGUUCUCCUCCGCAGGAUGAUGCGGCGAGCAAAAGUCAUAUCCUUACAAGGCAACUGACGCCACAACAUGGCGAAUCAUUGUGCUGUGACUUUCCAGACCAAGCAGAAGAAGAACUAGGAGACGAGAAUCAGCAAACGUUUUUAUGACGAUCUUUCUUCAUUGAGCCUUCAGUUAACUGCCUUCUUCACGCUCCCUCCUCGUGCACCUUAGAGAGCCAAUGGACCAGUGUUCUCCAUUCUCCUCUCUGGACCUCAAAACUGUGUCUGCUCAAUUCCAAGACAGUCACUAAACAUCCCGGUUCAGUGUUUCUUCUACAGCAUGGAAGAAUGUCUACUUUGUGAAGUCAGUGAUUGUCAUGACAGGAAACACACACAUGACAUCAAUCGUUUUCGUAUACUUGUUAAGACAGAAGUCGCACAUCAUCAUGCAUGGAUUUGACUAAAGUGACACUGAAAUCUAGUAAGAUAAGCACUGGACAGAUAUGUUUGCUGACACACCUCAGUCCCAUACAAGUUUGCAACAGGAAGCUAUGAAUGUAUGAAAUAGUUAAUAGGAAUGUAUGAACCGCAAGCCAUGAUAAGAAACACAUUAGUGGCAAGACAGGCAAUAUCAAAUUUGCCUCGAAUGAAAACAAAAACAGCUAACUGUGGGUGUAGGUUUUUGAUAGGGAUCCCCCAAUCCAUCAGCCACCGAUCAAAAUCGCACGAUUUUCCAUCGAUCGCCAGUCACAGAAGCCGAUCACCUCUGGUUGGGCGAGCAUCUCUCGCCCACUUUUUUACUUUUCGUGUGUGAAUGAUUGAGUGAAUGUGUCCAGUCCAGGAUCUAAGCCGGGAUAUGCCCCAGCGUACCCCCCUAAUUAUGAUAUGCAGCAAAGAAAAUGAAUGAAUGCGAGAUGACCGUACUUCAUCAGCAGUGGAAGACACCGGGUUCGCCAGCUGCUCUCUCACUCGGACUCGAACCUAUCUACAUGCUCCUGGAAGUCCUGCUAGACCUCCGCCACUGUACUCACUUCCAAUGUCUCCUUAUAGAAAGUACGUCAAAUAGUAAAUUUAAAAAUCUCCACUUAAUCUAUGUGAUCGGUAUUGGCUGAUUUGGAUGAUGGGUAUCAGAAUCGGCAGCAUUGAACCCCUAUUGGAUUUUUCGACCCAUUUGUCCCCCACAGUGAAACGAUAUUGUUGAAAGCUAUACCUGGAAAUCACUGCUUGGAAAGUAUUGUCUUUUUGACUUAUUAUUAAAUAUAAGUAUAAAUAUAUAUAUAAGUUAAAAAAAAGGGCUGCACAGUGGUUGAGUGGUUAGCGCGCAGACAAGGGUUCAAUUCCACCCUCGGCCAUCUCUGUGUGGAGUUUGCAUGUUCUCCCCGUUUCCUCCCACAUUCCAAAAACAUGCUAGGUUAAUUGGCGACUCUAAAUUGUCCAUAGGUAUGAAUGUGAGUGUGAAUGGUUGUUUGUCUAUAUGUGCCCUGUGAUUGGCUGGCCACCAGUCCAGGGUGUACCCCGCCUCUCGCCCGAAGACAACUGGGAUAGGCUCCAGCACCCCCGCGACCCUCGUGAGGAUAAGCAGUAGAAAAUGAAUGAAUAAGUUAAAAAACACAACCGUAAUAAGGACAGUCAGUGGGAGACUUUGCCCUUUUUAUGUCUGCCAUAUUGGAUUUGAUUUUUUUUUAUAUAUAUAUUAAGGACAUUCAGACAGUAUAUGAAAUGGCUGUGAAUUGAGAUGAAGUUUAUGCACUGAACUGUUUACAUUAAGGUUAUAUCACAUGAAUCUGCAUAGGCAAAAUGGAAUUGAAAAGAAUAUGUCAACUUCAGGAGCGGCACGGCGGUCGAGUGGUUAGCGCGCAGACCUCACGCAGACCUAGAAGAUGAGGGUUCAAUUCCACCCUCUGCCAUCUCUGUGUGGAGUUUGCAUGUUCUCCCCGUGCAUGGGUGGGUUUUCUCCGGUUUCUUCCCACACUCCAAAAACAUGCUAGGUUAAUUGGUGACUCCAAAUUGUCCAUAGGUAUGAAUGUGAGUGUGAAUGGUUGUUUGUCUAUAUGUGCCCUGUGAUUGGCUGGCGACCAAUCCACCAGUCCAAAGCAGUAGAAAAUGAAUGAAUGAAUGUCACCUUCAUAAGAACUACACUAUUCACAAAAAGUAGCAGGAUAUUGAGCUCAUCUCAGGAUGAACUUAAAAUGCGCUAUAACCUUUACAGGUACAGAUGAAAUUAAUUUGCCCUUAUUUCUGUGUAGAUUGACAGUCAGGUCAUAGUAAUCCACAAAAUUCUGAAAAUUCACCCAAAGUUUUUUUGUGAGUAGUAUCGAUACCAAUUGUACCAAUGAUACUGUUUUACCUAAAUGGUCAUGUAUGACUUCUGUGACAUGUACGUAUAUAUAUAUUUUUUUGCCUUGAUAGCAUGUGAUAAACACACAAGUAAAACACAAACUACCCUUUCAUGGCCGUACACGCCCUUCCAUGCAAACAAUGCAGAACUGUAGUCAAUGUGUAUGGGGUGCAUGCAAAAUGAAACCUGUUGUACAAAGAAGUGUUGGAGCAACAUGGCUAGAAUAGCGCUAGAUAGCUCCACGUGUGCUGUGAGUUGCAGACUUUUCUAAGCGAGCCCCUUCCCCUCUCCACCCCCCCAGGCCCAAUACUGCAUGUGUGUUGGUUCUGGUCAGCUCUGUGAGCGAUGCCUUGACGCCAUUGUGUUAUAGCUUGAUAUUGCAUGCUGAAAUAUUGCAAGACACUGUCCUUACUAGCUUUUUGCAUGAGGAUAUUGUUAUCACAAAAAACAGGUGAAGGAGUUGUCGUUUUUUCAUUGUGGAACUCGAAAGAGUCAUAAGAAUAAGACAUGACGUCACUUUCAUGGAGAAUUUCAUGCAGUAUUUCUCUAUGAUAUUAUCAUGUCUGAGCAAGUAUCUGGCAAGCAUGUUUCCAAUGUGUCACUUUCACACAUGCGUGUCUGCCUAUCAUACAGAUAGGUCGAUAAUAAUAAUGAUGAUGGUUCAUUGCUUGUGGGUCAUUGAUCAAUCAAUAGGGCUGUUUUGACUUGUAAAACAAUAGAACACAAGUAUGUGUACCAUGUGUGCAGUCCUCUUUGUAUAUAUCUGUAAAUGUAUAUCUGUCCUGUUGUGUGUAUAAAUAUAUCUUUUGCACUGAAUGUACCAAAGGGGCUUGACAAGUAAACCAUUCUUUCAUUUCAGACAAAAAGCAUCGGACACAUCCUUACACUUCACAUGUGUGUGGCAUGUUAAAACAGACCUGUUUGCUACAACGACUCCUUCAAAAUAAGACAUGAUAACCUCUCAUUUCCUGUUCAUUUCUGACAAGACGUAAUUGACAAGUUUUCCCGUCUCCACGUCAGUCCAGUUUGGGUGAUGUGAAAUAAUUGCUACACAGACUUUAUAAAAAUGUAAAU